AUGAACAGGCUAGGGGGCACAUUACACGUGCUACCACCGAGAAUGAAGUCGUUAGUUUUGUUAGUUUUGGUGGCAGUGGCUUCCGCCAAGCCUGUGGAAGAUGAUGUGACCGGUUCAGUCAUCGGAGUAGUGAGGAGUUGUUCCGAGCAAGACAUCACUUUGUGUCUCAAGGAAAAAGCGCUGAAAUAUGCCGAAAAUUUAGCAUCAGCACGUGAAAUAAAUCUUACUGAUGGAAUUACUUUAGUUGGUACUGGAUCUUCUCGUGGUGCCAGGUCCUACGAACCGCUAUCAGAGGAGCCUAGGGCAAGAGAAAAUGAGGUGGAGACGAGACUGGUGGAUGCUGCAGCAGAUUUCUUAGAAAACCAUGUCAUCCAAUUGCGUGUACCCAAAAGCACCGUGGAUGAUGUGAAACGAUCUCUUGAGGAAGGUCGUGGUAAGAAGAAGAAGCUGAAGCAACUCCUCCCAAUCUUCGCUCUCCUUCAAUUAAAGAUCCAGUCCCUCAUCCCCUUGUUCCUGGGUAUAAUCGCUUUUGCUGCUAUCAAGGGUCUGCUCCUGGCCAAGGCAGCUCUUCUUGCAUCAGCUCUCCUUCUGUUAAAGAAGCUGUUAUCCAAACAAGAUCACCAUGAAAGCUAUGAGGUGGUAGCACACCCUCAUCAUGAUGAACAUUAUAGCCACGGUGCUGGCCAUGGGGGUGGUUGGGGCCGAUCCCUAGACGCUCAAAAUCUAGCCUACAGCGCUUACUCAGAC